CUCAUUUUUGCUUUGUCCAGUAAACCUCACACUCGAUACAAGACCUCCAGAAACCUCUGUUAACCCUCUCGCUGACACAACGAUGUUGGUCCGUCGCUCUGCAGUCACCAAAACCCUAAACCUCCAACUCCGCUUCUUCUCUCAGGCCGCGUCCUCCGUAACCCACGAGGACCCUUUAGCUCCACUUACCUAUCUCGACGGGCUCCCUAGACCCGACCCGAAAUACGCCGAAACCAUACUCGCAAUACCUCGAGCUGCCUCCGGCUCCAACAUUUCGGCCAAAGAGAGGAAGGCGGGUCGAGUCCCCAGCAUAGUUUUUGAACAAGAGGACGGUCAACACGGAGGCAAUAAACGGCUCAUUUCGGUUCAGACUAAUCAGAUCAAGAAGCUGGUUACUCAGCUGGGGCGGUCUUUUUUUCUAUCCAGAUUAUUUGAUCUUGAAGUCCGACCUGAGUUUGAGUCAGAUGAGAUCAUUGAGAAAGUCCGGGUCUUGCCUAGAAAGAUACAUUUAAACCCUGUCACGGAUUUGCCGCUUAAUGUGACAUUUCUAAGGGCACCUUCGAGUGCUUUAUUGAAGGUUAGUGUUCCACUUGUUUACAGAGGAGAGGAUGUGUCUCCGGGGCUAAGAAAAGGGGCUUAUUUUAAUACCAUCAAGAGGACUGUUAAGUUCCUUUGCCCAGCAGACAUCGUACCUCCUUAUAUUGAUGUGGAUCUGAGUGAGUUGGAUUUGGGGCAGAAAUUGCUCAUGGGGGAUCUUAAGGUUCAUCCAGCAUUAAAACUGGUUCAGUCGAAGGACCUGCCUGUUUGUAAGGUAAUGGGAGUCAGAUCUUCUGAUCAGAAGAGUUAACCUUUAGUUCAGAUUCUGUGGGCCUACAGUUAAAAUUAGGCCCGGUUUCAAAAGGGCGAUGCCACAAUGGCCAGUGAAGAUAUGUGUUUUCAUUUGUUCAUUAGGUAGUCAUAAUUAUGUAAUUCCAGUGGAGGACAGAUCAUGAAUCUAGAUUGACUCUUUCUCCCUUUUGAGUAAGAUUUUGAUGGAGGCCAGCAUAUAUUGAUUGAGCAUUUUUCACUUAAUAAUACAGUUAGUGAUUCCUUUC